UUCAAAGAAACCGCAGAUUUUAAAUUUUUUAUAAUGGCCGCUAAUGAAGAGAAAGUUUUUCGCAUAAACAAUCGUUUGUGCCAUUUUUCAAAUAAUGGAGCAUAUAUUGCCAUUGCAUUUCAGACGAAUUUACUUAUAAAGGAUGCAAAGACUCUUACUACUUGUCAAUCGUUUGUGUUUGCAGAUGUGAUACAGUACAUAGAAUGGUCUUCAAAUAGUGAAUUUAUUUUAUGUGCAAAUAUAAAAAAAGCUAUCAUUCAAGUAUAUUCAGUGCAUAAUCCUCAGUGGAAAUGUAAACUUACCGAAGGAAGUGCAGGCUUGCAAAAUGUUACUUGGUCUCCAGAUAGUAAAUACAUUCUUACUGUAGCAGAUUUUAAUAUUCAAAUAUCUAUUUGGAACUUGGAAGAUCAGAAUGUAUCAUACAUACAAAAUUUAAAAACUUCUGCCUUUGAUAAAUUACAUUUUAAUCCCAAUGGAAAGAAACUGGCUGUAAUAAUAACAGAAGAAGACCGAGAUAAAGUAGAAAUUUACAAAACUGAAAAUUGGAAGAUAAGCCGGAAACUCAUUUGUGAUCAUUUACAUAGCAUUGAUGGAAUUCGCUGGUCGCCAAACGAUGAAUUAUUAUGCAUAUGGUGUUCUUCUCCCGCCGAGCCUAAGCUUAUUAUUUAUUCUACCGUAUGCGAGAAACCUGUGGCUACCUUCUCUCCGCUGAAAACCACUCAGUUGUCUGAAGUAACAUACAAUCAUGAGAGAGAAUUGAAAGGAAUCGAAAAUAUUGAAUGGUCUCCCAGUGGACAAUUAUUAGCCGUAAUUGGAUUUAAUGAAGUGGUUGUCCUCCUUAAUUACAUUACCUGGAAACCACUGUCGCAAUUGUACUUAGAUCCAGUAAUCAGGGAAUGUAAUUAUUUAACGAAAGUAUAUAAGGAAUAUGCCGAUUCAGAAAAAGCUUCUGAUAAACGAUUUGCAUCUCCCGAGGAAUGUGUUUUGCACGAAAUACAUGAACGACCUAUAUGCAUAGAAAUCGGUAAAAAGGUUGAUAAUAAUUUCUCGAUCGCAAAGUUUAAACUAUUUGAAUUUAGUACAUGCGGACAAUAUUUAGCUCUGCAGCACGAGCUUUAUCCUACUACGUUAUGGAUUUGGGAUGUUUGUACGGAUUAUCUUGACUAUUUGUUAGUUGAAAAUCCUAUCACAGCUGUCAAGUGGAGUCCUAUUCAUCCACGAUUGCUUGUCUUCUCGGAGUGUACACGUGUGUAUGAAUGGACGCGAAAAAAUGCAAGAUCUAUACCGAUAUCUAAAAAUAUGUCAAUCGUAGACGGAUAUUGGCAUCCCAUGGAAGAAAAAGUAGCAUUAUGCGGUUAUAACAAAGCGAUAAUUUAUGAAAUCAGAAAUGUAUCUUAAUAAAUAAUCAUUUUAAUUAUAA